AUGGCUACCAAUUCUACUUCUGAAGAUAUGAGGGAGGCGCGGGGUAUCACCAGGGACCUAUAUAACGCCGCACAUAUCAUGGCUUGCAACGAUCCACACUGCCCCUGGGCUCGACUCGGGCUUUCCAAUGAAUCCUCGGCAUCCACCAACGCAGGUGCCUCGCCCGAGGAAGAAGCAGUCCUCAUACUCCUCUUCGGCAUCGCAGAAAACGUUGGCGAAUGUCUUGAUCUGCUCCGCACCUUGGUGGCGGACAUGGACGAGACCAGCAGCCUGAGCCACCUGUCCCCCUCUAGCACCAACACCUCGCGCUCCAGCACGGAAGAUACGUAUUUCGAACACCACCAAUACGUGGGCAGUCCCCCUAGGCCAGGUUUAUAUCGUGACCAGUGGACUCAGACGCCUGCGCUCUCCCCGCCCGCGUACACGGCCUUCCUCCACGAUUAUCACCGGAGCUAUCCCCACGCACCGGCGGUGUCUCCGGCAAGUUCGGAGAUGACUACUCCAGAUUUCGAACCUCCUAUCAUCGAAGAUCAAGAAGAAGUAAGCCGCGACGGCCAUGGAGAGCGGGACCGAGCCAUAAAUUUGACGGGGCCGUCUCCAUCUCGCCAUGGGAACCUUUGA